AUGAUGGUGAGUUCAAAAGAGGUCCUGAGCUUGCUGAACUAAUUGCCGAAUCUUUCUGUGCUGUUUCAAACGAAUUGGCCCCACUCUGCUUCAAUAAGCUUCACAUUACAUCUGUUCCUGAUGAGUACAUAAUAUCAACCCAACAAGUCGAAAUCGAAUUGGAAAAGAUCAGUCUUCAGAAAGCAAUUGGCCCCGACGAUAUCCCCAACUGGGUACUGAAAUCAGCUGCACCGUUGCUCGCUGGUCCAAUAUGUUCCAUCUUCAAUGCCAGCAUUGCACAAGGUUGCAUCCCGACACUCUGGAAAUCAGCAGACGUUAUCCCAGCGCCAAAAAGAUCUAAUCCCAAAUCAGUUGAUAGCGACCUAAGACCUAUUUCUCUCACACCGGUGCUGAGUAAAUUAUUGGAAAGCUUUGUUUUUCGGUGGCUUUUUGGUUAUAUUAAACCAUCAAUCGACCCGCUCCAGUUUGGAAAUAUGAAAAAUUGCUCCACCACACACGCUCUUAUCCACAUGAUCCAUAACUGGCUAGCCGAAUUAGAAAACCCUGGUUCAACUAUCAGAUGUUGUAUGAUUGACUUUUCGAAAGCCUUUGAUCGCAUCGAUCACAAUAUUUUACUUCAUAAAUUACAACAACUCAACAUCCCUCCUAUCUUGUUGAAUUGGUGCGCUGAGUUCCUGCAUGACCGAUAUUUACGUGUCAAGCUUGGCCAGAAUAAAUCAACAUGGCGACAAAUAAAUGCAGGGGUUCCACAAGGUACAAAACUUGGACCCCUCUUCUUCCUUGUGAUGAUAAAUGACUUGCAAACCAACACUCCAAUGUACAAAUAUGUCGAUGACUGUUCCACAUACGAAAUCGUUUCAAGAUCGUCCCCUACUUCAUCGCUUCAAGCUAAUAUAAACACUAUAAAUGACUGGACCAAUCACAACAACAUGCGGCUUAAUGUAUCCAAAACCAAAGAACUGCGUAUAUCCUUUCUUAGAGUCCCUAUGGUAUUUGAUGCCCUCUCGUCAUCUGGUUUAAACAUAGAAAUGGUCCAGACCUUCAAACUUCUGGGAGUGAUAAUAUCAUCGGAUCUUACCUGGAAUGCGCACAUUGAUUACAUCUGCACCAAAGCAAGUAAACGUCUUUAUGCUCUAAGGAUCCUCAACCGAUCUGGUGCCCCAGCCAAUGAUUUAAUAACGGUCUUUUGUGCAUUUAUUCGUCCAGUUUUGGAAUACGCCUCACCUGUAUGGCAUUUUUCUCUCCCUCAAUUCCUCGCUGAUCAAAUCGAGAGUAUACACAAACGUGCAUUGAAAAUCGCUUUCCCCCAGUCCUCCUAUACUACCUCACUAAGAAACACUGGCCUUCUUACACUUUACCAGCGAAGAGAGAAUCAGUGCUUGUCAUUCUAUAAGAAUAUCCAUCAACACUCAGACGAUAAGUUGAGAACGCUACUUCCCAGUGCUAUAUCUCACAAAUUCAGUCUAAGAAAUAAACGCACUUAUCCAAUGUAUAAGUGCAAAACUGAACGAUAUAAGAACAGUUUUAUCCCAAAGUGUGUUAGAAACUGGGACCGACCAUAGACAUAACAAAAUAUUUUAUAGCACAUAUCAUUAAUAUAGUUUAUAUUAUAGUAGUUUUAAAUUGAACUUUUUGCAAAUUUAAAAAUUUUAAUACUAUCUAUGUAAUAUCACGUUUUUUAAAUUUUUAUUAAUUUACAAUGUGGUAAUUAUUAAAAUCAAUCAAUCAAUCAAUCAAUCAUUUAUUUUUGUCGUAUACUUUCCAGGAUAUUUAUAUCUCUGGUUUAGUUAUGAUCAUGUUGACUAAUAUUAUUAUAUUGCUUCUUUGUCUCAUUUAGAUUCCAAAACUUUUACCAACAUUAUCCACGAAAAAAGAACUCGUACAUCCGCUGGCGAACGUUAAGAAAUCACAGGUACAGUGGACUAUAAUAUGCUGGACAAACUCCCAAUAAAUUACUUAAUAUGAAAUUUAUUACGAAGUCAGAUAACGGGCAAACAGUUUGCUAGACCUUUGUAGCAAUAGUCAGUAGCGAACAACAUUUGUUGAUAAGUAUAUAUGAUAAUUAAGCGACUGCAAAAGACUAAGUCAGCCCACUCUUGCAGAAAUGAAACGGUGGGGGGGGAAUGUUCUUGAACUAAUUGAACUAAAUUUUUAAUAACUAUGAUAAUGUGACCAUGCAAAGCAAUGUAUUUGACUAUUUUUUCCAUGAAUCAUCAGGUUGGAUCUGACAGCAUGGUCGGAGAGGGUUGCAAUAUUUCCGAGAAAGUAUCAAUUAAAAAAUCAAUUAUUGGUAAACAUGUAACAAUCGGUGAUAAAGUGAAAAUAACAAAUUCUGUUAUAAUGGAUCAUGUCUCUAUAAAAGAUGGGUAAGUCACUCACUGCAAAAACCUUAAGUUUUCUCAAUCAAAACUGGAAUUUGAUAGAUUUGAUUUGAAAUUUUAAUUGUAUAGGUAAUCAUGCGAUGUUGCUCGUACAAUUAGGGAUUAAUAGAACGAGUGAUGUUUGGAAAUUUUGCCAAAUUUUGCCAUGACAAAAUAGGAUAUUUCUCAAUGUCAACAUAUUCUCUCGCCAAAACCCAGUCCUGCCAGACUAUCAACCAAAAUUUGGUGCUUUUGUUCGUAUUUUCAUUUAGUUCUUUUGUUAAAGCAACAUUUGGUGCUUUUGUUCGUAUUUUCAUCUAGUUCUUCUAGGGAAAUUUCAUUUCACGUUUGUGUUUAAAAUACCUUUCCGCCAUUUUGUUUGUUUUGCGAAAAUCAUUAAUUGUACUGCAGUACAAUUAAUGAAAUAAUUGUACUCCUCUCAACCAAUCAGCAUCAAGUAAUUUUGUCGUGCUAAUAAUAAUCUUAUAAAUUCGAGUAAUUCUAUUCGAUAUUUUGUGUCACUAUGGGUGCAUUAUUUGUUACCAUUUAUGUUUAAUUGUAUGACGUUCUACAUUACGGAAAGUGGCGCUGCUAGGAAUUUACUAUUUUCUGUCACUGAAAUGGCGUUUCCUGCAUUGUGGAAGCACUUGAAGAAAAUGGAAAGAUCUUAAAAAAUCACUUUCUAACAGUGUGGACACAAUUCAUCGGAAUUGAACGAUCGGUAGGCAGCCCCCUCUUCCCCCUCCUCCCCCUCCUCCAGUUUGAUAGCAGGAGACCAACCUAUUGUCGUGCAUGCUUGUAAUUAAAUAUUUGUGGGGCUACAAACCAUUCCUAGAAGGUGUACGUGAUAAAAAUCAUGUUAUUUUUUGUGCCUUUUUUAUUUUUAUGAUGAUAUUUUUGAAGAUGAACGUGAUUUAAAUCAGUGAUUUGCCCCUCGCCUUUUUAUAUUGUGCUUUUAUUUGGCUAUUUUUCUCCUAGUUGUAACAUCACAGGAAGCGUGAUCUGUAAUAAUGCUCUUAUCAAUGAAAACAGUACGGUGAAAGAUUGUCAAGUGGGAGAAUCGCAUACUAUACCCGAGGGUUGUAAGUACAAUAAUGUAUUUAACUUAAGGUCCAGGGUUAACAUUCUCACGCUAAAACGUCCGGAAAUUAAAGGACAGCAGGAUAGGCAAUUCCAGCUAUAGACUAAAUUUUGUUCUAGGCAAGAAGAACAAAAUCCAUCACCACAGCUAGAAAGAGCAUGUUAAAAUUAGUAAAAUUGCAAAGUUUGGUUGCGAAAUGUUGUAAAAUGAGGAAAAUAUAGCCCUGUGAAGUUUGCAAAUUUUGCAAUUUUACUAAUUUUAACAUGCGCUUUCUAGCUGUGGUGAUGGAUUUUGUUCUUCUUGCCUAGAUCAAAAUUUAGUCAAAAGCUGGAAUUGCCUAUCGCUGAGCUUCAAUCAUUUUCAAAACUUGUUGAGACACUUGCGGUUUUAGAUCAUCAGUGGAUGUAAGCAAAUUAUUACAAACAUUUAUAUCACCAUUUCCCCUCCCCAUGUUGUUUACUCGCUCACACAUCAAAGUAAGAUGCUAACUGAGACCCAACAUCGAGAAGGGAGCGGGAGGGGUCGAAGUUUGUCAAAAUAACACGUAGUUCGGACAUGUGUCGUAACACAUCAAUGAAAAUGAUUGUAAACCUUCUUCUGUACGUCAAGGAUAGGAGUCUGUAUUAUUGUUAACAUGUUAACAUGCUUCAAAACUUCUCCGAGUCCUUCAGUUUCCUCACUGAAAGCUGUCUCUUUGUUAAACGUCACCAGGGCUCAAAUAACGGCCAAUGUUUUAAUGGCCAAAUUUGUUGGACGUCGGUCCAAGUGUCACAUUUUGGCUCUGGAAGCGAGAUUGAUUUUUGACGUGUUAUGGACCCGUUAAAUAUAAUGUCAGUUUGUAAAGGUUUUCUUGGUAUUAAACGUUUCCUGUUUGAUUCUUGCCAAAACGAUUUCUCCGAGAAUGCUUCUUCGAUUAUCAAGCAACCAUUGGCACCUUAUGUGGGAAUCAGAAAUCACAUGUGAGCGCUCUAAAAUGGAACCUGACGGUCACCGUGACAGGCGUAUCAUGAAAAGUUAUUUCGAGGCCUGAGCAAGGACGGCGCUAGACCUCUUUCAAUGGGGAGGGUAUAAGUGAAUUUUGCCGAGUUAUUAUAAGGUCAAUUUUGCCGAGUUAUUUCUACUAAUGUUUCUACUAUUUUUCCUCAUGUUGUCGUAAAUUUCUCCACAUAUUAGCCAUCAUUAUUAAAUUCUAAUCAAUGUCACUCAAAUAUAUAUAUAUAUUUUCCUUCCUAUCCAAAUUCAUGUUUUGCUGACUACGAAAACAAUUUGCCGACUGGGAUUCAAUAUCUUGCCGACUACCUGAUGGCAUUUCACGCAUAUGCAUACUUUUCUUUUGUAGCUGAUGUUAAAGGAGAAGCCUUCACUAAAGGACAUAUGAAUAUUUAG